UCCUAUGCUCUCCCCUCUCUCUCCUCUUUCUCCUUCUCUCCCCUUCUCUGAUCCUCUCUCUCCUCCCCCUUCUAGGGUUUCCUCCAUGGCUAGGGUUAGGGUUAGGGUUAGGGUUAGGGUUAGGAUUAGGGUUAUGGUUUCCCCGUCCUCCUCUCCUUGAUCCCCUACAGUAGCUCCCGAAAGCCUAGAAGCUAGUUCGAGAGAGAUGGAUCUGCUUCCUCAUCUCCCGAUGCUCCUCGUCGUCGUCUUCUUCUUGUUCGUGGUCUCGCCGAGCUCCGCCGCCCCCGCCGACGACGUCCAAGCCCUCCUCGAGUUCAAGAAGGGGAUCCAGGACCGCCAUGUCCUCGACUCCUGGGGGGGCGGCGGCGGCGGCGACGGCGGCGGCGGCGCAGCGGCGUGCCCCGGAGGGUGGCGCGGCGUCGUCUGCGACGACGCCGGGAACGUCGUCGCCCUCGCCCUUGAUGGGCUCGGCCUCGCCGGGGACAUCAAGUUCUCCACCCUCACCGGCCUCAGCCACCUCCGCAACCUCACUCUCUCCGGCAACGCCUUCACUGGGCGCCUCGUCCCCGUGCUUGGAUCCAUGGCGUCGCUCCAGCGGCUCGAUCUCUCCGGGAACCAUUUCUACGGCCCGAUCCCCGGCCGGAUCGCCGAUCUCUGGGGCCUCGUCCACCUCAACCUCUCCUACAACAACUUCUCCCAAGGAUUGCCCCCCGGGAUCCACAAUCUCCAGCAGCUUAAGGUUCUGGACCUCAGAUCCAAUGGCCUGCGGGGCGACGUAAGAGAUCUCCUCUCCGAGCUGAGGAACACCGAGCACGUGGAUCUAAGUAGCAAUGGCUUCUAUGGGGAUCUCACCAUAGAGCCGCAGAACAUUUCCAGUUUGGGGAACACGGCGCGGUACUUGAAUUUUAGCUACAAUCAGCUAAAUGGGAAGUUUUUCUCGGUGGAUUCAAUUGCGGUGUUCAAGAGCUUGGAGACAUUAGACUUGAGUCAUAAUCAGCUUAGCGGGGAGCUUCCGCCGCUCAACACGCUGUACAAUUUGAAGGUAUUUAGAGGUGGGAAUAAUCAGCUCUUUGGGUUGGUGCCCGAAGGUCUCCUUGAGAGUUCAAUGCAGUUGGUGGAAGUUGAUCUCAGUGGGAAUGGAUUUACAGGGCCUGUGCAUACUGUAAACUCAACGACUUUGAGGAACUUGAAUCUCUCUUCAAAUGCACUCUUAGGCCCUUUACCUUCUAGUAUUGGAAAAUGCACUUCAAUUGAUCUGAGCAAGAACAUGUUAUCUGGUUACCUAUCUGCAAUUCUGAGUUGGGAAGAUACAUUGGAGACUAUCGAUCUAAGUUCAAACUCAAUAUCGGGUAGCUAUCCAAACGGGGCCUCUCAAUUUCGGAAUUUAAUCUCAAUCAAGAUACGUAACAAUUCUUUAUCGGGUUCUCUUCCUUCUGUAUUCGGGAACUACCCAAAGUUAUCUAUACUCGACCUUAGUCUGAAUAAGCUCAUGGGACCUAUUUUAUCAGCCCUUUUCACAUCAUCAACUUUGACCAUUUUGAAUCUAUCUGGAAAUGGCUUUAAUGGAUCCAUUCCACUUCUAAGCUCAAAGUCAACGGAGUCACUCGUUUUACCUUCCUAUAUUCAUCUAGAGAGCCUCGAUCUGUCCGACAACUCUUUAUCUGGGUCAUUACCUCCCGAGAUUGGUAACAUGCAAAGGCUUAAAUUAUUAAAUCUUGCGAGAAAUGAGUUAUCUGGGGACAUCCCAAGUGAUCUUAGUAAGCUUACCGAAUUGGAAUUUCUUGAUCUAUCAAAUAAUCAGUUCAGUGGUAAAAUUCCCGAUAUGCCCCAGCCAGGUCUAAAGGCAUUCAAUGUCUCCAACAAUGAUUUGUCAGGAACUGUUCCUAAAAGUUUGGAAAUAUUUCCAGCUUCCUCAUUUUAUCCCGGAAAUCCUUUGUUAGUUUUUCCAGAUGGCAUGCCAGCGGGAGGUGAUAACACGGGAAUAGUGGAAAGUGGGACUAAUCAUCAUAAAAAGAGUGGUGUUCGAGUUGCUUUUAUAAUUGGUUCUAUUGGUGCUCUGAUGCUGAUAAUUUUUGCAGUAAUUGCUCUGUACAUGGUAAGAUCACAAGAACUUUGCGGGAGAAACGGCUUCAAAUGCCACUUUUCUGGUAGAGAUUUGAAGAUUGGGAGGUUCAGUCGCCCUAACAUGUUUAAGCCACAGAAAGACAAUUCUGCCCCUACUACAACAAUAAGUUUUUCAAAUGACCAUCUAUUAACAUCGGCUUCUAGAUCGAUGUCUGUACAGAAAGAGUUGUUAGCUGAGGCAGUGGAAUAUAGUUAUGAAGAUCCAAAGGGAGGCUCAGAUUCUAUGAUUUCCAGUAUGAUGGAUUCAACUACACCGCAUUUUGCUGAUUCUCAACUGGCUGAGCCACCAACCAAAUUGGAUGUGUAUUCACCGGACCGCUUAGCUGGUGAGUUGACUUUCUUGGAUGGCUCCUUGAUAUUUACAGCUGAGGAACUAUCGCAGGCCCCAGCAGAGGUCCUUGGUAGGAGCAGCCAUGGUACGUCGUAUAAAGCAACGCUGGACAGUGGGCACUUGUUGACUGUGAAGUGGUUGCGAGUUGGUCUUGUGAAAAACAAAAAGGAGUUUGCGAAGGAAGCAAAGAGGAUCGGAACCAUCAGACACUCGAAUAUCAUCUCGUGGAGAGGAUUCUACUGGGGCCCUAGGGAGCAAGAGAGGCUGAUUGUUUCGGAUUACGUUUACGGGGACAGCUUGGCACUUUAUCUUUAUGAGUCAACCCCAAGAAGAUACUCCCGCCUAUCAGUUAGUCAACGAGUAAAGAUCGCAAUCGAUGUGGCUCGCUGUUUGUUUUACCUGCACAUUGAUAAGGGCCUACCUCACGGAAACAUAAAACCAACUAAUGUUCUCUUGACCGGCCCCGAUCUCACAGCAAAGCUAACCGACUACGGUCUCCAUCGCCUCAUGACGCCAAGCGGCACCGCAGAACAAAUACUCAAUUUAGGCGCACUCGGGUACUGCGCGCCCGAACUAGCAUCAACAAAUAAGCCCAUCCCCUCGUACAAAGCUGAUGUGUAUGCAUUUGGGGUUAUCCUAAUGGAGCUCUUAACCCGGAGGAGCGCGGGUGAUAUUAUUUCUGGUCAAUCGGGUGCUGUCGAUCUUACUGAUUGGGUCCAAAUGUGCAAUAGGGAGGGCCGCGGGCCUGAUUGCUUCGACAGAGACAUCGCAGGGUUGGAGGAAGCUCCGAGAGUGAUGGAUGAAUUGCUCGCGGUGUCUCUUAGAUGUAUUCUUCCUGUAAAUGAGAGGCCUAACAUCAAGAUGGUAUUCGAAGAUCUUUGUUCUAUAACAAUGUGAGAGAUUUUUUCCCCCCCUUUUCCUCUUUCUUUUUUACUUUUUUGUUGUUGUUGUACAUGUAACUGGGUUCUCUCAAUUUGUCCCAAUUUUUUUUCCUGGGUUUCCAAGCCUUGCAGUCAAGGCUAGUUUAUAACUUUUUAGUGUAAAAAAAAAAAAAAAAGGAUUUGAUCCAUUGAUUGAUUGAUAUCAUUUGAAUUUGCUGGUUGAGUAGAGAUA